CACUAAAGGCAACACAGAACAGACAGUUUUGAGAAGAGACUUUAGAUAGACAGAAAGAAACAAAUUGUACUGAGAGAUGGAAAUCUCUAGCUCAUUGCUGUUGGUCAUAGUCUUGGCCGUAUUGAUGUUGGUGAUGUGGUGGAGGAGGACGAGUGGACUUUCUUUACCCCCGGGGCCGAUGGCACUGCCACUGAUUGGUAACAUACUUAUGAUGGACAACAGUGCACCCUUCAAAAGCUUUACAAAGUGGAGUAAAACUUAUGGUCCUGUGAUGACGGUGUACCUCGGGCCACAGAGAACCGUGGUUCUGGUCGGUUAUGACACUGUGAAAGAGGCUCUAGUGGAUCACGCAGACGACUUUGCAGACAGAGCUCCUAUUCCUUUUCAGUACAGAGUAUUAAAAGGCUAUGGUCUGAUUAUUAGUAAUGGUGAACGUUGGCGUCAACUGAGGCGUUUCACUCUCACCACACUAAGAGAUUUUGGGAUGGGGCGAAAGAGAAUGGAACAAUGGAUUCUACAGGAGAGCAGACACUUGGUGAAGAGCUUUGAAGAAACCAAAUCUGAACCAGUCGACCCAGCCUUCUUUGUGAGCCGGGCCGUGUCCAAUGUGAUUUGUUCCCUGGUGUUUGGACAGCGCUUUGAAUAUAAAGACAAAAACUUUCUGCACUUGCUCCAGAUCAUAUCCAGAAUUGUGCGCUUUGUUAGCAGCUCUUGGGGUCAGAUGUACAAUGUCUUCCCUCGACUAAUGGACCUCUUACCUGGCCGUCAUCAUGCCAUGUUUAAAGAGGUGGAAGAAAUCCAAAACUUUGUUCUGGGUAAGAUCAGUGAGCAUGAACUCAACUUAGACGUCCAAGACCCACAAGACUACAUUGACUGCUUUCUUAUCAAACUUAAACAGGAGAAGGGCAAUCUUGACACAGAAUUCCACAAAAAUAACUUGUGGACGACUGUUGCUAAUCUGUUUCUAGCCGGUACAGAGACCACCAGCACAACGAUCAGAUACGCACUAAUGCUGCUUAUCAAGCACCCACACAUACAAGAGGAAAUGCAGAUGGAGAUUGAUCGAGUUAUCGGACGGAACAGGACCCCUUCAAUGGAGGACAGGAAGUCCCUCCCCUUCACAGAUGCUGUGAUUCAUGAAGUUCAGCGGUAUCUGGAUAUUGUUCCCCUCAGUGUUCCCCAUUAUGCCACACGUGACAUCACAUUCAGGGGUUAUGUGAUUCCAAAGGACACAGUGAUACUUCCCAUGUUGCACUCUGUCCUAAGGGAUGAGGGACAGUGGGAAACACCUUGGACAUUUAACCCUGAGCACUUCCUGGAUGCCAAUGGCAACUUUAAAAAGAGUCCAGCAUUUCUGCCAUUUUCUGCAGGUAAACGCGCAUGUGUGGGAGAGUCUCUGGCUCGUAUGGAGCUAUUUCUGUUCAUUGUGUCUUUGCUUCAGAAGUUCAGCUUUAGUAGUCCAGAUGGUCCAGAUGGUGUAGAUCCCAGUCCUGAAGUCAGUGGCUUUGCCAACAUGCCUCGAUACUAUAAGUUAAUUGCCUCCCCCCGCUGACCAACAUCGGAAGCUGGGAUCGGAACAAUAAAUGUAUUUUGUGGAAAAAGAACCUGGCCACAAUCAACAUGGGACACAACUUGUUUAUAUUAUAUUUUAAAGCUUCAGUGUUUCAGUCAAAAUUCACAGCCCAUUUUUAUCAAUGUUUUUUUAAUUCCUAUUUUAAGCUGAUGUAAACAGUCUGGCCAGUCUUAUAUUCAAUCAAAACAAUUCCUCUUUCCAUGUUUUGUGGCUGCUGUUAAUAAAUACGUAGAGGCAAAUUAUUAUUUUUAUUAUGUACUGUUAUGUGUUGUACAUUACAUCAAACGGUCUUAAAGGGUACAUAUAAUGAAAAUCUGACUUUUAAUUGCUAUUAUUGGGUCCCCAGUGCUAUUAUUGGGUUACUACUUCCACCUGCUGCAUGACUGCAACACAAGGUAAACAAAGUUUUAGGGUUUUAAAACUAUUGUUUAAAUAAAAGACACCAGAAUACAAGAAAAUGGCAUCUACUUCAGGAAAUGUUUUGGCCCCACCCACUUUUUUUGCUUCCGACGCCCAUGGACCACACUAGUAACACACCUGAGUGCUAGUUUUAGAAGCUGGUGGGUUUUCUCCCUUGGAUCAGGUCGUUUUGCAUAUGUGAAGACAAAACAAUCAUGAACGAGGUGUUUGAUUCCAAACAAACUCUGGAGCGGUUUGCUUCUGAUAAGAAAGCAGUCUGACCUAAUAAACCAGGCUGUAUCACAAACAUACACCUGUGAAAUUAUUAUAUCAGUAAUACUGCACUUCCUGUGUCGUGUUGCUUGGCAACUAUCAUGGUGACUCAUUUUUGAACUGCUUUGAACUACAUUUCUUGAGUUAUUAUUUGUCAUCAGUAAACUACCAAUAACCAAUUA